AUCAAACAUGCCGGGUGUGGGCUGACAGUCGAUAACCCUCUCCCUAUGCACCUCGAAAGAUGUUCUUCUGACGAUCUCUGACAUCACCUCACCACACGUCAAAUGUGAGUACUGCUCCUUCGUUCUCUUUGUCUCAUCAGAGAUCGUCCUACUCGACCACCAAUAUUCCCUUGAAGGAAUCAUGGCGGGCUCAUCCGGCCGCUUGAAAGACCGCAUCGCGAUAGUGACGGGCAGCUCCUCUGGAUUGGGCGCCGCCAUUUGUCUCGCAUUUGCUGCUGAAGGGGCCACGAUUUUCUGCGUUGACUUGUAUCCUGCACCUCGUAACGCCACUAAUCCGACAACUCUCCGCGCCGACGACUUCAAUGUUCGCGUUACAGGCCAACCAGGAACCCAUGAGCGCAUUCGGCAUCUUGGUGGGGAAGCCACCUACCAUAAGGCCGACGUCACUAAGCCGCGUGACAUGGACCUGGCAAUUCGCGCCUGCGUCCAGCGUUACAAAAGGGUGGACAUCAUGGUGAAUAAUGCUGGAAUCUCCGUUGAAAGCACUCAUAUUCGUCCACUAAGGUGUCAUGAGACGAGUGAGGAAGACUUUGACAAGACCAUGGCGAUCAACACAAAGGGCAUGUUCCUAGGGUGCAAGUACGCUCUCAAGCAGAUUCUCGAUGGCCAGCAACAGUUGUACAAGUCUAGAGGCUGGAUCAUCAACAUUGCUAGUGUACAAGGACUGGUCCCAUAUACGGGAACUCCAUCGUACUGCGCCAGCAAAGGCGCGGCCGUCAUGCUAACCAAACAAAUAGCCCUCGACUACGCCAAAGAUCUCAUUCAUUGCAAUGCUCUGUGUCCGGGCUUCUUGGAGACAAGCAUGACGCAGAAUCUGCAGGGACAGGAAGAUGUCCUCUCCGAGAUCGAAGCCAAACAUCCGUUCGGUGGCAAACUGGGCCGAAUUGAAGAUGUCGCAAAGACUGCCAUUUUCCUUGCGAGUGACGACGCUGCUUGGAUCACCGGAGUACCACUCCCAAUUGAUGGUGGUUAUCUGCUCAGAUGAGAUUUCUUGAGCACCAACAGCCGAUAUUGUCAGGCCGCAACCCAUUGCACACCGAUAUCCGACCCCCAUUCUAGGUCUUUUGAGCUGCCUCGAUUCCCAACCAAAGUUCUAUCCAACCCCGUGCUGUUCCACUUAAUGCUUCUGAUGGCUGUCGAUAGCAAGCAUCCAGUGCCUCGAGCAGAUGCUCUCUUAAGAUCUUGAGAGCCAUGACUUGUUUGUAGUGCCGAAGAGACAGUCUCACCUUUCCAGAAUCUACGCUGACCACGCCUGCGAAAAAUUUGUACUCGGCUUCACCCAACAAAAUGGCCAUGCCUGACUCGGGGAUGGCAGACGUUUCAAAAACAUUGAGGCUUCCACCAUGAUUUUGUCUGGCCUCAUAGAAAGACAACCACCGUGGCGCCUUUGGAUUUCCAUGAUUGAUAGACCGGCCGGUCAGAUAGAGCUGCUGGUUCGAAAAGACGUUGCGAUAGGCCUUGCCUUCACGCACAAGUGUCCGAGGGUACAAAGCCAUGGCGAUGAUGCAGUUGAGGGCCCGGUCAGAGACGAUC